UUCAUAUAAAAAUAUACAUUGAAUAAAAAGUUAACACAUAUAAAACAGUUAGGGAAGGAGGACCCUAAUAUGGAAGGGACCAGAAAAAAUUUCAUAAAUAAGAUGAGUUUCAUCUUUCAGGAAGAUAGGGAUUCUAUGAAGUGGAGAUAAAGGAAGAAUUCAUUCUAGGCUUAGGGUACUGUCAAAGAUAGGAGAUGGAGUAUUGUGAGAAAGAUAAAAGUGGAGUUUGGACAGAUUACAAAAUACCUGAAGGAAGGAGGGCAAUGAUGAAAGAUGGAAGACAGAUUUAGAUUUGAAAAGUUAAACAAUAGUUUAUAGUUUAUUCAAGCCACAAUAGGAAGCCACUAGAGUUGAAGGGAGAAUCCUAAAAGCUUACACACUCUCACACACUCACAUACUCUCACUCUUUCUCUGUCUCUCUCAUUUGGGGUUAAGUGACUUGCCCAGAAUCACACAGCUAGAAAUGUUAAGUGUCUGAGGCCAGAUUUGGACUCAGAUUCUCCUGACUUCAGGGCUGGUGCUCUAUCCACUGCACCACCUAGCUGCUCUUAUACUGGUUUUAAGCACAUUGAGGACUAGGGAUCAAAUGGGACAAUUGCUCAGACAUCACUUACAUAAAGAAUUUGUUACAGAAAUACUGACUGACAGAGAAGGUAUUUGACUGUGGAGUGAAAGGGAAGAGACUCCUCCCCCAAGACCAGACUUCAAAUCUCCAAGUGAAUUGGGGGCAGGGAGCUAGGGGAGAGGAUUCUUUUGUUUCUUCCUGUUCUAAUUGGCUACUUAAGAAUACUUAAAACUGCAACUUCUGCCUGGUCCUGAUCUUAUCAUCUUUACCAACUGCUGCUCGUGGCCUGCAAACAAUUAAGAUGGAGGUCUUCAAUCUGUGGAGGGAUUAUCUGGGACUAGCCAAUGUGGUGGGGGCUCUCCGGAAGAAAAAACUGGAGCCCCGGGUGGCAGGGACAGAACCAGGCCCAGAUCCUGGAUCCAGUCUGAGGCAGGAUCUCCAGCCUCCCAGGAACUCCUUCUGCACCUUUUGCAAGCACAACGAGGAGUCUCAAAACAUCUACUUGUCCCAUACGUUGAAGGACGAGGAAGGCCGGGUGGUGUGCCCCAUUCUGAGAAAAUAUGUGUGCCCACAGUGCAGAGCCACGCAAGACAAUGCCCACACCAAGCGCUUCUGCCCAUUCACCAGCAAGGACUACAUAUCUGUAUACAACUACACCACCCGCAAUUCGGCUGGCAAACGGGCCACCCCGAGGGGGCCAUCGGAGGAGCCCAACCUGACCAAGAGCAGGACCAAGAGGCUUCCUAUAAUUCCUGAAGUAAAAACUCCCAGCAGGGUUUUGGAGGAAAGCAAGGCUGGCAGUGGCACAUGUUCAAAGGCUUCCAGAACUGCUUUUCUCACUCCACAAUCAUGAACUUCAGCUUCUGCCUAAGAGGACCUUAGGAGACCCAAGCACUUGCUUUGCCAAGCCAAGACAGAAGAACAGAAAGGAUUAGUAUGGGACAAAAGAAAGAACAUUCUGGAGGACACUGGAGGUCUCUGUCCAGAGCCCAGUUCUGCUUCAAUUCCUAGAUUCCUGGUAGCUUUGCUCCUUAAUACCACAUCUGGUACCACAAGCCCAUCUCCUGACUCUCAUUCAGGUUCCUACCUCCAUACCUGACAAUGAUUUGCCUUAAGGGACUCCCAUCUUCAUGGUACAUACAGGUUGAGAGUUAAGCCCCAGAAGGAGAGUGGACAGGUUUAUUGGGUGAAAGUCUGCCUGAGACAUGACUCUAACAACAGGACUGGGGAUUCUAUCACUCCUCCUCCAGUCCUCAGUGACUGGCAUGCAGGUUUGAUUCCCUUGAUUAUUCAACGGACAAAACUGAUCUGGAACAAGGGAAUGCUAUCUUGUUAUAAAAAGGCCUUUUGUGAAUUCUGGAGAUGAGUGGCAAUUCCUUACAAGAUCCGCGGCUUUCCUUUAUACAUCUUUGCUAGGAUUUGUUAUUACUUCCAAAAUAAAGAGAAAAGCCAUUUAAAAAAAAAAGAAAUACUGACACCAUAUUCAUUUUUUCUGUCCUUUUUUACCUUGAAGUUUAAACUACAAUUAUUUUUGGGAUGAUGUGGUUUAGAUCAGUUAUCAUCUAAACCUUUCUGCAGACUCAAUCUCUCUCUCUCUCCAUGCCGAUUUAAAAGGUAGUAUUUUUCACCAUUCUUCAUAAUAUCUUGUAAAUGAGUUUACAUUCUAAAUAUCCUAAACUGCUACUGUCAUUGGCCAGUGUUUCUGUGUUUCUUGGGAAAUCAAGUGUUUUCUGAAUGAGGUGGGCUCCUCACUUCUUCAUACCUAUUUUAAAUUUUAAAGGUGCCAGAGUACAUAUAUUAUCCUAUUUUUCAAUUUAGGGAUAUUAACAGCAUAUUCCAAGAAAUCAUACCAAAGGUGUUAUAACACUUGACUUGUCAUAUAUAGUCUUUCUUAUAAUUUACUGUUGAUUUUGAUCACUGAUUCAAAGUAGUCAACCAUGUGCAGAGCCAUUUCAAAAGUGGCACCCAUUUUUAUUGAAACCCUGUUUUUUAAAUUAAAUUAUUUUCAUCUUGCAUUUAUAAAAUGAAAAUUUCAAUAUACUCUAAAAGAAAAAAGGGAAAAAGAAUUGCAUGUGAAAAAUUGAGAAGAUGCCCAUCAAUUGGGGAAUGGAUGAAUAAAUUGUGGACGGUGGUAUUCUAUAAAAAGUGAGGAGCAGGAUGCUCUCAGAAAAACUAUAAAGUCCUCCAUGAAUCCAAACAAAGUGAAACGUACUGUAUAUAAAGUAAUAGCAAUGUUGUGGGACGAUCAGCUGUGAAUGACUUUGCUAUUCUCAGCAGUAUGAUGAUAUAAGAUUACUCUGAAGAACUUAAAAUGAAAAGUGCUAUCCAUACCCAGAGAAAAAGAACUGUGUCUUAAUAAAGAUUGAAGCAUACUUUUUUCUUUUCUUUUUUUUUUUUUUUUGGGGGGGGGGAGGUGUCUAUGUUUUCUUUUACAGCAUUGUAAAGGGCUGAAACUCUGAAUAGGUGCACUUGAAGCAGAUAACAGAGCACUUAAGGCUAAUUACCUAUUGGACAAUAACUCUAUUAGCAUGUUUGGAAUUUCUCUUCUCUCAGUUAAUUCUAGCUCAAUGCUUGGGGUUAGGAGAAUCUUAGGAGGAUUAGACUUGCAGGGAUCCUCAAACUUUUUAAAUAAAGGGCCAGUUCACUGUUCCUCAGACUGUAGGAGAGCUGGACUAUAGUAAAAACAAAAACUUUCUUUUGUGGGCCUUUAAAUUAAGAAACUUCAUAGCCCUGGGUGAGGGGGAUAAAUGUUCUCAGCUGCUGCAUGGGGCUGUAGUUUGAGGACCCCUGGAUUACAGAAUGGAGAAAGACAAGCCCAGAGUCACUUUGGAGGAGUAAGAGGAGAAGGGAGGUUGGUGGAGAGCAUGUGGCAGUUUUGUCCAUCCCCUUCACUUCUCCCCCUAAAGACCAAGGACUUUUGCUUAUCCUGACUCUGGCUGAUUCUGAGGACUCCAGAGAGCUAGCCUGGAACUUACACAACAUGAUUUUUGUGGAAAUAUUUCCUUAACUUUACAUUUGCCUUCUUACUGGGAGUGAGGAUGGGGAAAAAGGAAGAGAAUCUGGAACUCAAAAGUUUUAAAAACAAUGCAAAAGAUAGUUUUACAUGUUACUAGGGAAAAUAAAAUAUUUAAUAUCAAAAAUAAAUGAAUACAUACUAUAACUAUAAAAAAACAAAAAUGCAUAUUCUUUCUACAUUUUGAUUACAUGACCCCCCUCUAGAAGUAGAUAGCAGGUUUAGUCAUUAAUCCUAUUGAAACAUAGUUUUUAUACUGCACUGAUCAAAGCUGUCAGUGUUCAAAUCUUUUUUUCCCCUUUACAAUUCUGUUGUAAAAAAUUGUUCUCCUGGUUCUGCUAUCUGUUCUACAUAUCAGUUCAUAAAGAACUUCCCAGAUUUAUCGGAAAAUAGCCAUUUUAAAAAUUUCUUAUAAUACAAUAAUAUGCUAUUUCUUUCAUACACCAUAAUAUAGCUAACUAUUCCUAAAUACUAUAUAUAUAGGUCAUUUUCCUUUGAAGGAGAUAUCUUUGAUAGAGCUACAUAGUAGUUUCGCUAUAUCUAAAGGCAUAUAUACAGUUUAUUAACUUUGGAGACAUGUUUUCAAAUUGCUUUCCAGAGUAUUCAGAGUAAUUCAUAGCUCCAACAUAAUAUAUUAUUAUAUCUGCUUCUCUGUAGCCCCUCCAACAAUCAUCAUUUUCCUUGUCAUCUUUCAACUGAUGGGUAGGAGCAAGUAAACCUGCACUACUUCAAUUUGAAUUUAGUGAUCUGAAACAUUUUUUAAUAUGGCUGUUGAUAGCUUAUAUUUUCUUCCUCUCAAAAUUGCCUAUUCAUAUUAUUUGACUAUCUUUUGGGAAAUUAACAUUUUAUUUCUGUUACAAUACAGCCAAUUUUGUGUGUGAUCUAUGGACGAUGAUAUAAGAAAUUUUAAGGGAGGAAAAAGAAUUCUUUGGCUAAUAAUAUGAUGCGGUCCUUGUCUUCAAGGAAAUGUAUUUUUCCUUGUACCAAAAAAGUAGUUUAACAGUAAAUGAAAUCAUGAGAAAGAAGAGAAAUAUCACUAUUGAAAUAAACAAGCACUUAUUAAUUACCUAUUAUUACAUGUUAGGCACUACAUAUGCUAAGUGAAGAAAGGCAAAAAAUAAUCCUUGCCCUAAAGGAGUUCACAGCUUAAUGAGACAAGCAAACAAGUUUGUACAAACAAGAUCCCCACAGGACAAACUUGAGGUCUAUCAGAGAUAAAAUACUAAUGUUAAAGGGUACUAGAAAAUCUUACAAAAGGUGGGACUUCAGGACAUUUGAAGGAAGUCAAGAGAAGACAGGGGAAUGAGAUGAAGAGAGGAAGGUAGAGAGGGUGAAAAUGUCCAGUCAGGAGACUGUUUUGUGUGAGGAACAGAAAGGUGGUAUCACUGGAUCAAAGUCCUUGGAGAGGAAUGAGAUAUAAGAAUACUAUAAAAGUAGGAAAGAUCCAAGUUAAUUUAGCAUUAAAAAACUGUCGAUUUUAAAUUAGAUCCUAGAGAUAAUAGGGAGCCUCUGGAGUUAAUUAAAUAGAGGAAUUUCUCAUUCCUACAGUGCUAAAGUGUUCUAGGAAAACUCCAUGGGAAGGAUAACAAUAAUUUAAGCAGGUAUAUUUAGAAGGAAGGCAUUUCAAAUUAUAUGAAUCAAAACUGAGUGUCGAAUAUGAACUAUUUCAAAGUCAUUUCACCAAGCUGAAACAGAAAUAAAAAGAAUUACUUCAUUCACAAGGAAAGGACCUAUU